AUCUCGUAUUUACAGUGCUGCGCGCGUCGUCGGUGGCCGGCACACACUGCACAUUCGACUGCGCAGUUUCAGCAUGCUGUGGAGGGCUGCGUUUCUGCUGGCGACUGCCGUGGCGGCGGCGUGCGGUCACGUGGUCCGCUACGACGGCUACCGCGUCUACCGGCUUCUGCCCUCGGACGAGGAACAGCUGCACUUGUUGGCCGGGCUUGACCAGUUCCACGAAGACAUACAGUUCUGGAAGGAAGCCAAAGCCGUGAACAAACCGGUGGAUGUCAUGGUAUCACCGCGGAUAGAGGGUGCUUUCCUGGAGAUGAUCCAAAUUUAUGGCAUGGAGGCGGCUGUCUACGUGGACAACGUGCAAAAACUUAUAGACAACGAGAGAGGAUUCAGGAGACAAGGAGAAUCCUUUGGAUGGGACGACUACUACAACCUCACGGAGAUUCAUGCCUGGCUGAACUCUCUGUCGGAGACAUACCCGGACAUUGUGACACUGGUUGUGGGCGGAUCCAGUUACGAAGGUCGAGAGAUCCUGGGUGUGAACAUCACCUUCGCACCGGGCAAUCCCAUCGUAGUCAUUGAGGGAGGUAUACAUGCGAAUGAGUGGAUCGGCCCCGCCAGCGUCACGUGGUUUGUCAACCAGAUGCUAACCACUAACGACACGGCGAUCAGCAACGUCGUGAGGCGUUUCAACUUCUACGUCUUCCCCAACCUCAACCCCGACGGUUACGAGUACACCUGGACUACGGAUCGCAACUGGCGCAGGACCCGCACCCCCUACUCGCCGUGCUACGGCGCUGAUCCAAACCGCAACUGGGAUUUCCACUGGGCAGGUAAGGCACCUGCCGGUUCCCUGCAGGAGGGCGCCAACACGACCGGCUGCACCAACUACUUUGCCGGGCCGGCGCCGUUCUCGGAGGUGGAGACGAGGACCUACUCGCAGUUCCUGGCCAGCCUCGGUGACGACUUCCAGCUCUACCUGGACUUCCACAGCUACGGCCAGAUGCUCAUGUUCCCCUACGGACUCUCCAGUCUGGUCGCACCCAACUACGACGAGCUGCUUGAAAUAGCGGGUAGGGCUGCAGAAGUUCUGGCUUCCAGAUACGGCACCCAGUUCACAUACGGCAGCAUUGUGGACACUAUCUACCCGGCGGCCGGCAGCAGCAUCGACUGGCUGAUGGGCGUGCAGGGCAAACGCUUCCCCUUCGCAUGGGAACUGCGGGACACGGGCGAGUUCGGCCACCUGCUGCCCGCAGACCAGAUCGUCCCCACCAGCGAGGAGACCUUCGACAGCGUCCUCUCCGUCCUCAACGACGUGCUCGCGCUCGUCCAGCGUGACGGCUCCUAA